CCUCUGUGUUGACAGUGAGGUGGUAUCAACAACAACGAAGCUUUUCUCCUCCUCCUCCUCCUUCUCUCUCCCUCAAAUUCGAUCCAUACCCAAUUCGAUCGCGUCUUAAUCGUCAUCGUCAAUCAUUCGUUGUAAUUCUAUCGAUUACUAUCUCCUCACUCUGCCUCUUCCUCAUCUCCAUGAUCGUUAGGGUUUAGCCAGAAGUUCGACGCCCAUCGCCGAUUCCCAGCGGGCUGGACUCGCGAUUCUAAUCUUCCGAACUGGGGGCGAAUCAGUCGCAGCCUCACCGAGCUGCAUCGGCGCAAGCCGGCGCGGGUCUCUGGUUCUUCCUCCGACGCAACGAUGCCCCCAAGUACCAAACUCUAGCAUACCUCCCCCAGUUCGACUCCGCGCGCCGACUGGCCCCCGACCGCCGUGCCCCCGCCCCCGCCCCCGCCCCCGCCCCAGUCCCCAUGGACUCCUCGAAUUACGGUGCCUCCGCCACCCCAGUCGAAGAGCCGGAGUAUCUCGCCAGGUACAUGGUGGUCAAGCACUCGUGGCGCGGCCGCUACAAGCGGAUUCUCUGCAUAUCCAGCGCCGCGAUCGUCACGCUGGAUCCCAACACUCUCUUGGUGACUAAUUUUUAUGAUGUGGGGAGCGAUUACGAGGGCGCGUUGCCAGUGCUUGGCAGGGACGAGAACUCGAACGAGUUCAGUUUGAGCGUGCGGACCGAGGGCAAGGGGAAAUUCAAGGGGGUGAAGUUUUCCUCCCGGUAUCGUGCGAGUAUACUGACGGAAUUGCACAGGAUCAGGUGGAGUAGGAUUGGAGCGGUUGCGGAGUUCCCAGUUUUGCAUUUGCGGCGAAGAAACGGGGAAUGGGUUCCCUUCAAAUUAAAAGUAACAUAUGUUGGGGUUGAGCUCAUUGACUUGAAGUCCGGAGAUCUUCGGUGGUGCUUGGAUUUUAGAGACAUGGGUUCUCCUGCAAUUAUUCUCCUCUCUGAUGUUUAUGGGAAGAAAAAUGGUGGACUUGGCGGAUUUAUUCUUUGUCCAUUAUAUGGAAGGAAGUCUAAGGCUUUCCAAGCAGCUUCAGGAACUACAGACACUGCUAUCAUCUCAAGUGUGACGAAAACGGCGAAAUCCAUGGUCGGGUUAUCUUUGUCCGUGGAAAGUUCUCAAUCUCCUACUGUAGCAGAGUAUAUCAAGCAACGAAGAAAAGAGUCUGUUGGAGCGGAAGAAACCCCUCUUGGGGGUUGGUUGGUGAUGAGGUUGCGCACUGCCGCACGUGGAACUGUAAAUUUUCCAGGACAGGGUUUCAGUGUUGGUCCUAAAGGAGGUAUUGGAGAACAUGGUGAUUCUGUAUCUCGUCAACUUAUACUUACAAAGAUUUCUAUUGUCGAGAGGCGCCCUGAUAAUUAUGAAGCUGUUAUUGUUAGGCCAUUAUCUGCAGUAAGCUCUCUUGUUCGAUUUGCGGAAGAGCCCCAGAUCUUUGCAAUUGAAUUUAAUGAUGGAUGCCCUGUACAUGUUUAUGCCAGCACAUCUCGUGAUAGUUUACUUGCUGCCGUUCGUGAUGUCCUGCAAACUGAACGUCAGUGUGCCGUGCCCGUGCUACCAAGGCUGACGAUGCCUGGUCACCGUCUUGAUCCGCCUUGUGGAAGGGUGCACAUGUCAUUGCGGCAAUCUCUAACUGGACAGCAGCGUUAUAUUGCUGAUAUGGAAAGCGUGUCAAUGCACUUAAAACACUUAGCAGCAGCUGCCAAAGAUGCUGUGGCAGAAGCUGGUUCCAUUCCUGGUUCAAGAGCUAAGCUGUGGCGCAGAAUUAGAGAGUUCAAUGCAUGUAUACCAUAUGGUGGUGUGCCUUCUACCAUAGAAGUACCUGAAGUUACUUUGAUGGCCUUAAUAACUAUGCUUCCAGCAACUCCCAAUCUUCCUCCCGAGUCCCCUCCUCUUCCAUCGCCUUCUCCUAAAGCAGCUGCAACAGUUGUUGGCUUUGUUGCAUGUUUGCGUCGAAUACUGGCUUCAAGGAAUGCAGCUUCACAUGUGAUGUCCUUUCCUGCUGCUGUAGGGAGAAUAAUGGGUUUGCUUCGAAAUGGGUCAGAGGGUAUUGCUGCUGAAGCUGCAGGGCUUGUUGCUGGACUUAUUGGUGGUGGUCCUGGAGAUUCAAAUACAAUAACAGAUUCUAAGGGAGAGCAGCAUGCCACAAUUAUGCACACUAAGUCAGUGUUGUUUGCAAAUCACGAUUAUGUCAUUAUUCUUGCUAACAGACUUAAGCCUAUGUCAGUAUCGCCCUUAUUGUCCAUGGCAGUUGUUGAAAUUUUAGAGGCCAUGAUAUGCGAGCCUCACAGUGAAACUACUCAAUACACAGUUUUUGUUGAGUUGUUACGUCAGGUUGCUGGUUUACGUCGGCGGUUAUUUGCCUUGUUUGGGCACCCUGCUGAAAGCAUCAGGGAAACUGUCGCUGUAAUAAUGCGAACAAUUGCAGAAGAAGAUGCCAUUGCCGCUGAGUCCAUGCGGGAUGCUGCUCUCCGUGAUGGUGCUUUACUGAGGCAUCUGUUGCAUGCUUUUUUUCUUCCUGCUGGGGAACGCCGCGAAGUUAGUCGGCAGCUUGUUGCUCUUUGGGCGGAUUCAUAUCAACCAGCUCUUGAUUUGUUAUCUAGAGUUUUGCCUCCAGGACUGGUUGCGUAUUUGCAUACAAGAACUGGGGGAUCUCUCUCAGAAGAUGCAAACCAGGAAGUAGUAUCUGUCUUGAGUAGAAGGCGCAGACGACUUCUUCAGCAGAGGAAAGGUCAUGUUGGAAACAGAUUGCAAGAACAUCCCCAACCAUCGACUAAUAAUUUUGAAGGAGGCGAUAGGUUGAGGCAGACUAACGCUGGUGGUUUUGGAGGGGCCGAUAGCUAUCAACGAUCUGCUCUUGAUCCUGCUUUUGGACAGGCUUCUGGCACUUAUCCCUCUUCUUCUCGUACAGUUGAUACUUUGAAUGGUGAUGUGACCUCUAAUGGGGUUUCUCCUCAUGAUCCUCCAUCUUUUGCUACUUCAGCUAAUGUACAAUCACCAAAUCCACCUGAUGCAUCAGAGCCAACUGUGCCGAGCAUGAUUGAAUCUGAUCCUAACACAGUCGGUUACCAGGACAAUGGCCUUCCAGCUCCUGCUCAGGUUGUAGUGGAGAACACUCCUGUGGGAUCUGGGAGGCUACUUUGCAAUUGGCCUGAGUUUUGGCGAGCUUUUAGUCUGGAUCACAAUCGUGCAGAUUUAAUAUGGAAUGAGCGAACUAGGCAGGAGCUAAGGGAGGCUUUGCAGGCUGAAGUUCACAAAUUGGACGUUGAGAAAGAACGCACAGAAGAUAUUGUCCCAGGAGGUGCGACAAUAGAACUUUUGACGGGGCAAGAGAGUGUACCUCAAAUAUCAUGGAAUUAUUCCGAGUUCUUAGUUAGUUAUCCUAGCUUAUCCAAGGAAGUUUGCGUGGGUCAAUAUUAUUUACGAUUGCUGCUUGACAGCAGCACCAAUGGCAGGGCACAAGAUUUUCCUCUGCGUGACCCUGUUGCUUUCUUUAGGGCUCUGUAUCAUAGGUUCUUAUGUGAUGCAGACAUAGGACUUACUGUUGAUGGUGCUAUUCCUGAUGAAUUGGGUUCAUCCGAUGAUUGGUGUGACAUGGGAAGAUUGGAUGGCUUCGGAGGAGGUGGCGGCUCUUCAGUUAGAGAGCUUUGUGCUAGGGCGAUGGCAAUUGUUUAUGAGCAGCAUCACAAAACAAUAGGCCCUUUUGAGGGCACAGCCCAUGUUACUGUACUCUUAGACAGGACUGAUGAUAGAGCAUUGAGGCAUCGCCUGCUGCUGCUACUGAAGGUUCUAAUGAAGGUUUUAUCAAAUGUUGAGGCUUCUGUCUUGGUUGGUGGGUGCGUGUUGGCUGUUGAUCUGUUGACAGCCGUUCAUGAAGCAUCAGAAAGGACUGCGAUCCCUCUGCAGUCAAACCUGAUAGCUGCUACUGCAUUUAUGGAACCACUGAAGGAAUGGAUGUUUAUGGACAAAGAUGGUGUACAAGUUGGACCUCUGGAGAAGGAUGCUAUUAGAAGGUUUUGGUCAAAGAAAACAAUUGAUUGGACGACUAGGUGUUGGGCUUCUGGUAUGCUUGACUGGAAAAGAUUGCGUGAUAUUCGUGAACUGCGAUGGGCGUUAGCUAUUCGGGUUCCAGUUCUCACCCCAGCUCAGAUAGGAGAUGCAGCAUUGUCCAUAUUGCACAGCAUGGUGUCCGCUCAUUCUGAUAUAGAUGAUGCUGGAGAAUUAGUCACGCCAACCCCCAGAGUGAAACGGAUCCUGUCAAGUCCGCGCUGCCUCCCGCACAUUGCGCAGGCAAUGCUUUCCGGUGAACCAAGUAUUGUGGAGAGUGCUGCGGCAUUGCUGAAGGCUAUUGUUACAAGAAAUCCCAAAGCUAUGAUACGGCUAUAUAGCACAGGCACCUUUUAUUUUGCCCUUGCAUACCCUGGAUCUAACCUUCUUUCAAUUGCACACCUCUUCUCAGUAACUCAUGUCCAUCAAGCAUUUCAUGGAGGUGAAGAAGCUGCAGUUUCUUCGUCUUUGCCACUGGCAAAACGGAGUGUCCUUGGUGGGCUCCUUCCAGAAUCAUUGCUAUAUGUGUUGGAGCGGAGUGGUCCUGCUGCAUUUGCAGCUGCAAUGGUUUCUGAUUCUGAUACUCCAGAGAUCGUAUGGACCCACAAGAUGCGAGCAGAAAAUCUCAUUCGCCAGGUUUUGCAACAUCUUGGUGAUUUUCCCCAGAAAUUGUCUCAGCACUGUCAUUGUUUGUAUGAAUAUGCUCCUAUGCCACCUGUGACAUAUCCAGAGCUAAGAGAUGAGAUGUGGUGUCACCGAUAUUACCUUCGUAACUUGUGUGAUGAGAUCAGAUUCCCCAAUUGGCCAAUAGUUGAACAUGUCGAAUUUCUGCAGUCCUUACUUGUAAUGUGGCGUGAAGAGCUCACAAGAAGACCUAUGGAUCUUUCUGAAGAAGAAGCUUGCAAAAUUCUGGAGAUUUCCCCAGAAGAUAUAUCAAGUGAUGAAGCUGACAAGGAUGUUUCUAUAGAUACAUUUGAGGAGAUAGCAAGUAUUUCCAAGCAAAUUGAGAAAAUCGAUGAAGAAAAGCUGAAGAGACAAUAUAGGAAGCUUGCAAUGAAAUAUCACCCUGAUAAAAAUCCUGAAGGAAGAGAGAAGUUUCUUGCUGUGCAAAAAGCUUACGAACGUCUCCAGGCCACAAUUCAAGGGUUGCAAGGUCCCCAGACUUGGAGGUUGCUGCUUCUACUGAAAGGACAGUGCAUUUUGUACCGACGAUAUGGUGAUGUGCUUGAACCUUUUAAAUAUGCUGGCUAUCCAAUGCUGCUAAAUGCUGUGACUGUGGACAAAGAUGACAACAAUUUCCUAUCUUCAGAAAGAGCACCUCUUCUUGUUGCUGCAUCAGAGCUUCUGUGGCUGACGUGUGCAUCAUCUUCUCUGAAUGGUGAAGAGCUCGUAAGGGAUGAUGGUAUACAGCUACUUGCAAAUCUUCUAUCUCGAUGCAUGUGCGUCGUUCAGCCAACUACUCCAGCAAGUGAACCAUCUGCAGUCAUUGUGACUAAUGUGAUGCGGACAUUUGCUGUCUUAAGCAAGUUUGAAAGUGCCAGGGUAGAGAUGCUUGAGUUUUCUGGUUUAGUCGACGACAUUGUGCACUGCACUGAACUUGAGCUUGUACCUGGUGCUGUGGAUGCUUCCCUGCAGACUAUUGCCCAUGUUUGUGUAUCCUCUGAAUUGCAGGAUGCGUUGUUGAAGGCUGGUGUGUUGUGGUACCUUGUGCCCUUGUUGCUUCAGUAUGACUCAACUGCAGAGGAAUCUGGUGCAAAUGAGUCACCUGGGGUUGGUGCUAGUGUUCAAAUUGCUAAGAAUUCACAUGCUCUUCGAGCAGCCCAGGCCUUAUCCAAGCUAAGUGGUUUGUGUAUUGAUGGGAGCUCAACACCUUAUAAUCAAGAUGCAGCUGAUGCUCUCAGAGCUUUGUUUACUCCUAAACUUGCCAGCUUGUUGAAGGAUCAUGUCCCUAAAGAUCUACUAUCCCGCUUGAACUCAAACCUUGAGUCUCCGGAAAUCAUAUGGAAUUCAUCAACCCGAGCAGAAUUAUUGAAGUUUGUGGACCAACAACGUGCAGCCCAAGGACCAGAUGGUACAUAUGAUCUGAAGGAAUCACAUGGGUUUGCUUAUAAAGCACUAUCAAAGGAACUCUAUGUUGGCCAAGUGUAUUUGAGAGUGUACAAUGACCAACCGGAUUCUGAGAUUAGUGAGCCAGAAGCUUUCUGUGUUGCUUUAGUUGAGUUUAUAUCGUCUCUUGUGCACAAUGAAUAUCCUAUAGAUACAUAUCUUCCGAGUAAUGGUAACCAGAGUGAACUGGUGCCCGAAACAUUUGAGUUUCAAGGUGACAAAACUGAUGGAUUAGGUGAUGGGCAACAUGUGCCUCUUGAAUCUGCAGUAGCAUCUGAGGGGCAUGUAGCAGAGAAGGAAGAAUUUCCCCUAAUCAAGAAUCUUCGGUUUGGAUUAAUCUCACUUCAGAACCUGCUCACAAGCAAUCCUAAUCUAGCAUCAAUACUCUCUUCAAAAGAAAAGCUCGUGCCGAUCUUCGAGUGCUUUUCUGUGCCUGAAGUAUCUGAAAGCAACAUCCCUCAGCUUUGCUUGAGUGUAUUGUCACUAUUGACUACUUAUGCCCCCUGCUUGGAGGCCAUGGUGGCAGAUGUCUCUGGCAUCCUCCUAUUAUUUCAGAUGCUUCAUGCUUCCCCCAAAUGCCGUGAGGGGGCUCUCCAUGUUCUUUAUGCAUUGGCAAGCACACCAGAGCUUGCAUGGGCAGCUGCCAAGCAUGGUGGAGUGGUCUACAUUCUUGAGCUUCUUUUGCCAAGACAAGAAGAAAUCCCAUUGCAGCAAAGAGCCUCGGCAGCCUCUCUGUUGGGAAAGCUCCUUGGGCAGCCAAUGCAUGGUCCUCGAGUUGCUAUUACCCUAGGGAGAUUUCUCCCAGAUGGCCUUGUAUCAGUUGUUAGGGAUGGACCGGGUGAGGCUGUGGUGUCUGCCCUUGAACAAACUACGGAGACUCCAGAACUUGUAUGGACACCCGCAAUGGCCACUUCUUUAUCAGCUCAAAUAGCAACCAUGGCAUCGGACCUUUAUCGUGAACAGAUGAAAGGACGUGUGGUUGAUUGGGAUGUGCCUGAACAGACACCUGCCCAGCAGGAAAUGAGAGAUGAACCACAGGUGGGUGGAAUAUAUGUUAGGCUUUUCCUGAAAGAUCCCAAGUUUCCCCUUAGGAACCCAAAGAGAUUUUUGGAAGGACUGCUCGAUCAGUAUUUGUCAUCAAUUGCAGCUACACAUUACGAUGCACAAGCUGUGGACCCUGAGCUUCCGAUGCUGUUAUCAGCUGCUUUGGUUUCCUUACUGCGAGUUCACCCUGCACUAGCUGAUCAUGUUGGUUAUCUUGGAUAUGUGCCAAAGCUUGUUGCUGCAGUUGCCUAUGAGGGGAGACGAGAAACAAUGUCAUCAGCAGGGUUGAAUGCUGGAAGCUCCGCAGAUAGAACAGAUGAAUCGGAGGAUGGAGCCCAACCUACCCAAACUCCUCAAGAACGUGUACGUCUUAGUUGCUUACGCGUUCUACAUCAACUUGCAUCCAGUACUACUUGUGCAGAAGCAAUGGCAGCGACUAGUGUUGGAACACCUCAGGUUGUUCCUCUUCUAAUGAAAGCCAUAGGAUGGCAAGGGGGAAGCAUAUUAGCACUUGAGACCUUAAAGCGUGUUGUUGGUGCUGGAAAUAGGGCCAGGGAUGCACUUGUUGCGCAAGGACUCAAGGUUGGCCUUGUUGAGGUACUUCUCGGGCUUCUUGAUUGGAGAGCUGGAGGCAGAAAUGGGCUUUGCUCGCAAAUGAAGUGGAAUGAGUCUGAGGCAUCUAUUGGUAGAGUGCUGGCAAUCGAGGUACUGCAUGCAUUCGCAACGGAAGGUGCCCACUGUAAUAGGGUCCGUGAAAUACUAGAUUCCUCUGAUGUUUGGAGCGCGUACAAAGAUCAGAAACAUGACCUUUUCCUCCCUUCAAAUGCUCAAUCUGCCGCUGCCGGAGUUGCUGGUCUAAUUGAGCAUUCUUCAUCCCGGCUUACUUAUGCACUAACUGCUCCCCCACCACAAGCUUCUAAACCCCCAAGUGCAGCAGCAGCUGGUUCAAAUGGAGAACAACACUUUUUUCAGAGUUAAAGGGAAGCAAGAGGUUUCCUAGCCACACUAUACGGUACUUUAGCACAGUGUACAGUUUGAUCGUUCUUUUUCCUAUUUUUUCUUUUUUUCCCCCUUUUUCUUCUCUCCAUCUCGGGGUAGACGGCAUGCCGUUUGCGGAUUUUUUUUUAAUAUUUUAAAUGAGGAAAGCUUUUCAUUUUUUUAGUGUAAAAAGGUGCUUGAAUCUUUCUGUACAUUGAGUUUUCCUUUUUCUCCUUUUUGCUUAUUUUCUUAAAUAGCUGAGUUGAUCAUGUGUAUAUAUGCUGUAAAAAUAUUUCUUGAUUAAAGUAUUUAGUUGAUUCUAUAUUUUA